AUGACAACUCUCCUCAAUCUCCCCGAUGAGCUCCUUGUCGAGAUCGCCGCCUGGAUUCCGUUUGGUGGUGACUCGCACACAAGCGUUUCCAUGGCCAAUAGACGCUUCAACGCGGUUCUGGCCAGCAGAUCACUACCCAACAGAAUUGCACGUUAUCAAUCUAGUGACAGGUACAAUCUUCUCGAGUCCAAGGAGUCCGAUUUGUACACCGUCCAGGAUACCAGAAUCACUUGCCAACGCUCGACCAACCACUCAGUAUGGCUGCAGGCACUGGAAACCGUUGACUUGUCUGAUUCGAUGAGCAAUACAGCCAUUGAAGCAGCGAUGCAUUUCCAGCUCUACCAUACAGAUGUAGCGCGUGGGAGAGACUGGAGUGGUGUGGUACGAGCACAAUUUCUCUUACAUCUGAGAGUGCUCCGUCUAGUACCCGUUGAGGCAUCACUCCUUCUGAGAAAGUUACACCUCAAAGUCGACCGAUCCUCAAAGCAAUCUUUACCUGCUAAUGACCAGAUCAGGGCGGCUCAACGAACCAUAAAGAAUGUGAGAGGUCUGCCUCUCCUCACUAUUCCGCCGGCUGGCGAUGCUUGGGUCAACCGAAGAGGGAUUCCUAGCCAUUUAUUGCCUAUAGUUGUCUUGGAUAUGCCCACAAAUAGUCAUCAGCCUAGUCCUGCUACAUCGACUUACUUCAAGUCAAUCGUGGGUGGCAUGGAUCUUCCUCUACAACUAGCUUAUUGUACUCACAUCUUCCUCCUGGAAACUUUGGAAGCAAGAAAUUACAUUGAUGUGACACGCCUCCCUCGACCAGAUCCAAUGGUGGAACAGCAAGUCGAUGACGAGAAGCUUGCGACAUGGACUGCCCUGACGGAGGACAUCGAUAGAGAAGUGACUAAGCUUUUCGCCGACAAAGCUCGAACUGCAAUACUCAUGAACAACCUCGAUCUUCGAAAGUUCGGCGAAACAGUGCGGACUAUCAACGAGGAUAUAGUCGCUAUGACGCACGAUCAACUUGUUUCGGCACUGGAGCAAGAGCACGAGUUUUACAAAUUGCUCGAUUGGCCAUCCACGAUGCUCAAAUUACCGAUGCGCGCUACAGGUCAGAAGGCAGAUGAGGUCAGGCAUACUGUAAGCUUGAGCUUCAGCAUGGGCUAG